CGCGCUCGUACGUGAGGGCUUACGCACUACGUCUCCUGUGACGUCAGGUCGUACAUCCCGCACUUGUCAGUGUGCCAGCAGGUCAGUGUUUUCCCCAGCCGCCGUCAGACUGACUGGAAUAGUGCACAGACUUAUGUUUCUAUUCGUGACACGGACUCGUUUAUGGAUAAACGGCGCGGAAGUGCGUGAUUCGGUGUAAUGACGCGCUCCGGUUCGGGUUCAGGUAAACGUUACGGCAGACGGCAGGUUCGCUCCGGUAGUGCAGGAAUCACUGCCGCCUGUCAAACCGGUUCUUAGUCUUUGCCUAACUCCAUAACAGCGGGAUAACAUGACAAAAAGUCGUUUAAUGUGCAUUUAAAAGCGGUAAGUUGCGUUUACGCUAUUUGUGUUGUGUUAUGACGUCAUAAUUUCAGGUAUACGACUCCAGGCUGGUCAUUCCUGCUCACCUGACCAGCAGCAAACAGCCGAAUAACAUGACAUAGUGUGAUAUAGUUGCUAAAUUAUAGUGGCAGGUUGAGGGUCAGGUACGUUUUGUUUUGAUAUGACGUCACAGAGGUCAGUUCCGGUCGGGACCCCCGCUGGCUCUGUGAGGAAUGAGUUAUGAGCAGUCUUACUAAGAAGACACGGUUUAUUAACAAUCCUGGCAAUAAGCUGUCUUUUGGCAAUAGAGAUUGGAACGAUGCCUUCAUCAGCCUCUACGAAGAGUCCAGUGGGAGAGGGACGUACGCAGUGCGGUCAGACACAGACAGACACUCUUCACCACGAGACACAAUGACGCUGAGACUCGGGAACCAUCACAAUCCUGCCUCGGACGCCCUUCCUAAGGGCCAUCUGGACCCACACACAACUCCUGUCACCAGCUACCUCCAUGCCAGCAACACAGGUUACUGCCUAAACCCUGCCUCAGACUACUACCACGGUAAGGAGCGUCUGCUCGGCAUUCGGAAAGCGGCCCGGUCCUGCGCUUCCAGACACCGAUUCGAGGUGAUCACAGAGCUGGGGCCCGAGGAAGUCAGGUGGUUUUACAAAGAGGACAAAAAGACAUGGAAGCCCUUCAUGGGACACGACUCUCUCAGGAUAGAAAUCAUGUAUCGCAGAUUCUGCGAGUUAAACCCGGGAAGGGCUUUAAACCGGGAGAGCCGUGGCGGAGAGGAGAUUCCUGAAGAUGAUGGGCUUGAUGGAGGUCAGUCGUCGCUGGAUACCAGCAGCAAGGAGAGAAACGAGAGCGCUGACACCGCUAUAGAAGCAGUGUGUGUCAGGGGAGGACUCUAUGAAGUGGAUGUGAGGAAUAAAGAGUGCUAUCCAGUGUACUGGAAUCAACAGGAUUGUAUCCCUGUCAUGAGAGGCCAGUGGUUCAUUGAUAAAACUGCGUUGGUUGAUAUAGAUAAGUGACAUUGCCAAUAACGUGACCACUUACUGUUUUUUGGUUUGUUAGUUCUUUCCCAUUUCCCCCCAUUCUACCUCGCCUUUCUAUUCAAAUGGAGUGGAUAUCAGACGAGUGCUAAAAGUCACAAGCGAAAGCGAUGCCAAGCCAUUCACAGUCUGCAGUUGAGCCGCAAUCAUGUGGACUGGUACAGCGUGGAUGAGGUGUAUCUGUAUAGUGACGCCACCACGUCUAAGAUCGCACGCACUGUCACGCAGAAGCUGGGCUUCUCUAAAGCCUCCAGCAGUGGCACCAGACUGCACCGCGGCUUUGUGGAAGAGGCCUCGCUGGACGAUAAACCCCCUCAGACCACACACAUUGUGUUUGUGGUCCAUGGCAUUGGACAGAAGAUGGACAAGGAUCGUAUCAUCAAAAACACUGAGGAACAUGUGGAGUUCCUGCCGGUCGAGUGGCGCUCUAAACUGGCUUUAGACGGCGACACAGUGGAGUCAAUCACACCAGAUAAAGUGAGAGGCCUGAGAGAUUUACUCAACAGCAGCGCCAUGGACAUCAUGUACUACACCAGCCCUCUCUACAGAGACGAGAUCACUAAAGGUUUGACGCAGGAGCUCAACCGCCUCUAUUCUCUCUUCUGCUCUCGAAACCCCGAGUUUGAGAGCAGAGGCGGCAAAGUGUCCAUCAUCUCCCACUCGCUGGGCUGCGUGAUCACCUUUGAUAUCAUGACAGGCUGGGAUCCUGUGCGCUUCUGUCUGCAAGAACAUCGGGAUCAGCUGGAGGACGAGGAUAUGCACUGGACCACUCAUGAAGAGCGCCACCUGCUGAAGGACGUGCGACUAACCACACGAAGGUUACGAGAUCUGCAAGAUCAACUUCAGGGCCUGAAGGCAUCAAAACCUGCACCCUUCCCUACAUUAAAGUUUAAGGUGGAGAACUUCUUCUGCAUGGGUUCUCCUCUGGCUGUGUUUCUGGCUUUGAGAGGCAUCCGGCCCGGAAACACCGGUGACCAGGACCACAUCAUGCCCAAAUCCAUCCUUAGCGCUGCUAGUAUCAGCAAGGGCAUCAGCGGGAUUUUAUUCUCUCACUUCUCUCGAUCGCCCAGCCUGCCGUCAGCCGUGGAUUCUGGGAUAGGUGACAGUGAGGACGGCCAAAGCACUUUUACAUUUUCAGCCAUAUCUCCAUCCUCUUCCUCCUCUUUAUUCGAUGCAGCAGUUGAGAUGGAGCAUCGCAUUGACUAUGAGCUUCGGGAGGGUUUGGUGGAGAGCCGCUAUUGGUCAGCUGUGACCUCACACACGGCCUACUGGACGUCCCAUGACGUCGCCCUGUUCCUCCUGACCUUCAUAUACAAGCAACAGAGCACAGACCAGACACACAACACCAGUCCCAUGUAGCACAGACAGCACUUUCCACAAUAAAGACUGUUGUCAAUCCUGUCCGCUCUGGGUCUCUAGGACACUUCAAAGAACACUCGGUGCCUCUGAGUUUCCUAAGCCUUCCCAAACGGACAGAGACUGGACUAUGCAAAACCUGCAGCUCCCAACCUCAUUAUUGAGAAAACCUAAUAUUUUUUAUAUACUAAGUCCAAAGAAUGCACCUGAUUCAUAUGCAGCAGACAUGCACAGUUUUGGACCAUGCAGAGCUAAGGGUCAAAUAGAGUUCUUUAUUUAGUCAGCAGCACAUAAUUAUGGAAGCUCGUUUCCACCAUGGAAUAAAAAAAUAAG